ACUUUUUCUUUCUUUCUUUACCACUCAAACGUGACUACUCGUGAAUGUUCAUAAUUGAAACAGAGGACUCCCUGUGUUCUGAGGGGCAGAGCCACUGGUUUAUUCAGAGCAAAUUUGCAUUCAUUUCGCCAUUUCAAUAUCACUGCUUGUGUUCAAAUUUGUACAAAUAUGAACUCGGUCAGCUAAAUUGCCACGUUUCAGUUCUACUUUUGAAUGAAUAACGAAAGAGUUUGUAACCGAUUCACCGUUCAAAAAGUUGAUCUGCUAACUUAGCACGUUUCAGUUCUUUCUUAUUAGAAAAAAGAAUGAGUUAACUUUCAAGUAAUCGUUCCAAAAUGGAGGUUCAAACAAAGGCGGCUCCAGAUUUCAAGCUGAAAACCUCAGGAUCCCAACUCAAAAUCCAGGAAAGCAUCGUUGAAAACGCCAACGAGGUGUUGUUUCACUACCCAACAUAUAACAUUCAGACUCCGAAUCUACGAUCACAGUAUUUAAAGCACAAUUUGAAUAACACACUGUUUGUUUCGCCCGAUUUGGAUGAAACUGCACUUGUUAGUUACGAAGAAGGAGGUCGAGCGUUAAAACGCCUGGAUGAUUCUCAGAAGAGCUCGUUGAGAAAUUAUGGUCAGUUUGGAGUGCCAAGUGUACUGUUCCCUGGAAACGAUCAUGUUUGGAGAGUCAGUGAAAUUUUUCAGAAGGGCAAACAAAAGACAAGGGCCACCUUCUACGUGUGGAUCGCCAAUGCUUACAACCUGAUUGUUAUACAGUCAAAACAUCGAAUACUAGGCAAGGGAAAAUUUUGUCUGCACCGCUCCUAUCGAUCAAUCAAAGCGGGUCUUUGGAAGCUUGCAGAUGCACUCGUAGGCUUACCCUACAUUCGCAAGUCCUUGAACGUAGUCGGGUUGCCAUCGUGGGAUGCGGAACUAGCACAAUACAUUGCUCCUCGAGACUAUUCAAAAGUGGCUGAAAUUAUAGCAGUGGUUGAAAAGUAUUAUGAAGCCAAUUCGGAACGAAACGAUAGCAAAUACCCGAAACUGCCGAGUUCUGCUAGUAUUUUUGACAUCGAACUGGCAAUGCAAAAUUUAGGACCAAAUGAUUCAGAUUUUCCCUGGUUCAUUUUCAAUCAAAAGAUGUGGAAGCAAAUUCAAGAUAUAACAGAGGAUUUGUUGUUGGAAAUGGACAAAAUCGAGCAUUUGUUCACGAUUGACAUGAAGUACGACCUAGUUCUGAAGCACUCCGGGUCAAGGUCGAAUCUGAAUGACGUCAUCACUGGGGCGGGAGACGGAGAUGACAGGAGCACUACUUCUUCGUUCGUAGCUGAUAAGGUCGAACCCAGUGCCCUGCAGAAAGUAGUCAAUGAGAAGAUCAGGGAAGCAUAUGUGGAGAAGUUUUUGCAGUUGAUCGCAAAUUCGGAAUCUCUACAAGCCAUUGACAAACGACUGCCAGAACUGCUGGUGAACAACUUCAAUUGCAACGACAGGCUGGACUGUCACGAGGCUGAAAAGCAGAGUGAAAUUGAAGAAAUCAUGUCAAAGUACGAGGGAGAGCUGAAGAAAACUAACCCAGUGAAGGGCCGGACGAAGCACUGGAGAAGACCGAUGGCUAGGAAUCAUCGGCAACAAUUGCAGGAUGAAAUGAAGAAGGAAAUGGAAGAAAUGCGUAAUGAACGAUUGGAGCCGUGGGUGCGACCUCUCUACGACAUUGCAGCCACAUUCGAAGCUAAGUUGGAGGAGCUGAAGGCAAAGUGUGAUGUAAUCAAAGAGCCCCUGUUUGAAAUCAAGCACAAGAUUAUGAUUUGGAAUCCAAAGAACUACAAAAUAGAACGAAGGGAGAAUCUCUUCUACCUCAGAGGAGAAGAAGUUCCCUGGACCAGAGUGCCCACACUGUUUGCUGAAACGGAGGCCACCAACUCCACCUUUACUCGCUCAGCCCAUGCUCAGUUCAGUUACACCUGUGCGAAAGCGAAGUACCACAACGUGAGCUCUGGGUGGUUUUGGAGGUGGAGAGACAUGUUCCAGUUCGGACGCUGUCUAUUCUGGAACUCACUGUACGUCUUCUGUCUGGUGAUUCCUUUUGUCUCUCAAGUCAGCUUCAAGGCCAUUGUGUAUCCAAACAAGUUCAGCAUGGGCUACAAAAUGGGAGUGUCAGACGGGUUGCUCUACGCCGGCAAGAAGGUCCACAGUAUGAUCUCGAGGAUCCACUCGCUUCACAGGAAUAUAUCCAAGUCCAGGGCCAAGUUCGAAGCCACACCCGACCGCGGAUUGCUGGGAAAGAACAUAACGAGGCCGUUCAAUUUGUUCUGGAACUACAUCUGCAAGGGCCUCGUGGGAACUACGAUGUUCAUCCUCUUCUAUCCUUUUGUGAACACACUUCUAUCCACUCUCUCUAUCCUGGUGGGAAUCACAACUCCCCUUUGGCUCCCCUUUGCCAUGAUAGUCUACUACCUCAUCCAAAUUCUGAUCGCCGACUUCAAAAGACCCGGAUACUCAGAGGGCUUCCGAUUCUUCUAUCUGUUUCACAUCUUCAUCUACAAGUUCUUCAUUUUGGGAUUUUGUCAGCCUGUUUCGUGUGUGUUUCUUACAUUUGUAGGCUACCCUCUCACUGCGUUGGUUCUCUGCGUGCUUGGAUCUCUGCAGAUCUGCAUCAGGAGCUCCUAUGAUUUCGUCAUCUAUCAUCUCUUCUUGAAGAGGAUUGCACGUGUUCCGGCAACUAACAGUUUUGCUGCCAAGAAGAUCGCUGGACCGGGCAUGGCGUCCGACUUCUUCCUCCAGAUGGACCCAGAACAUGCUCUGGUCCCAGUAUUCUACUGGGUUGACACACUAAUUCUGGACACGUGGCGGCAGCUACACAAACGGCAGAUUGGAGAACCGAAGCAGAUUUACAACAAGUUUUUCGAUCAAUUGUUCGAACCAUUCUCAGCGAUAGUGAGUGGUGGUGGGGGCAAUGGACAGAAAAGACAUCAGUUCUACUCACAGCUGCUCAAAGAGGAAUCCGAGCAUACUGACCGACUGAAUAAGGUGUACGGAAGUGCGAUUAACAAUCUGCACAUCCAUAUUCCUAACAAGAACCUCAUAAGACUUCGUGCACAAGACCUAGAUAAGCUAAUCAUGAUGACAACUCAGUACCUGUCGAACGUAAUCACUGAAAGCCUCUUUCCUUUCCUCGACGACAAGAAGUCUCUGAAUGGGUUCUGGAAGUCGCGUGAAAUCAAAAAAGACGACUGGGUCUCGUUGGCUCGGCACGUGUUGACCGAAGUCUACUCGGAUCCGUUUAUGGUGCCCCUGGAGGAAACAGAUGUGAACUGUGCGUUCAAACUGAAAGUGGAGGAGUUGACCCUUUCCAGUUAUCUGGAGGGAGUGAUCAGCACUGAAAUCGCAGACCCCCUCGAAGCUCACUCAGUAACGUUCAAAAGACUGUCAAACAACAUACACGUGACUCGACCGCGUCAAAGCAUCGAGAACAUCGACAAACUCAGGCUUCAUUCGCAUCUGUUCAACUACUCCAAUAUAUGCGCGCAGCAUCUGGCUGAGAAAUACCCUCUGCUAGCCAAUAAAAGUGACAGAUUGGUGGCGCAUAUCUGGAAGGAGCUGGGAGCAAGUGGGGUGGACUUGGAGUACGCGGCGGCCAAACAGAAGAGAAUCGCGGAGCAAGAAAUCCCAGGACUGCACGGGGACACAGCAUCGUCGACAGUACCAAUUCAAAUGGAAAGUGUAACCGAAACUUAAAACUGAAUUAGAAUUGCAUGCUGUUCAGAAAUUGUACAGGGUGAUAUUAAAGAAAUUUGUUUAGUUAGUUUCGAAACAAUGAUUAAGUCCAGUAAAUAAUGACAAAGAUUUUGAUAUUAGCUUCAACCAAACGUGUUUUGUUUAUGAAAUCAAAUCCACUUUUUUAAAUUUAAAAGAAGUUUUAUCAG